GUGUGUUAUUGACGUUAUUACGUGUGUCAUUGACGUAAUCACGUGUGUCAUUGACGUAAUCAUGUGGGUUAUUGACGUAAUCACGUGUGUUAUUGACGUUAUCACGUGUGUUAUUGACGUUAUUACGUGUGUCAUUGACGUAAUCACGUGUGUCAUUGACGUAAUCAUGUGGGUUAUUGACGUAAUCACGUGUGUUAUUGACGUUAUCACGUGUGUUAUUGACGUUAUCACAUUGUUAGCUUCCUUCCGCUUAAAGAAGACAUUAUACAGAAAAGGGAAAAAAAAACAAGUGUAACAUGACGUCAUAGAUGACCAUGGCGCCCGGUUCGCUCAGUCGGUAGAGUAUCAGACGUUUGCUAAAACAGCACUGGGACAUGGGUGGCUGGUGUGUCUAUAAAUAGAUUAUUGCUGGUCAAGGUCUAAGGUAACCAAGUGUAGAAAAGAAUAAAACAACAAGCGUAGAACUAGUUCGAUACUCUCUGUUCGGUCGCGAGAAAUGUCAAACGAUACCGGUGCCUGUUCUCGACGUGCCAUGUCGCAUUCCGUGAGGGGGAAAAACAGGCCGCGUGUAUGCAGCAAGUGUCUAGAUAAAAGGUUGAUGUUAGUGUUUUAUCUCCGAGCUGGCGGAAUGUCAGUGAGUGGUGGUGUCCAUCUUGUGUCCUCAUUACUAUCUCCGUCAUUUAGCGCAAAGAUUUAUCUACGGCUACCAGCGAACUAUAAGAUCUAGAUUUCUCACAAGGACUGUGGAUUUCCUCCUUCUGAAGUCUGUGAUUGGUUGAGACGAACAAGAAGAAACCUGGCUGUGGUUUAUGGCGGACGUGUCUGUUGAUGAACUGUUCGCUGAUUAUGGCAUUGCGAUGUGACGACGCCAUCUUAUCGCAGGAAGUGCUUUUGUUUUCUUCCGGUUCACGGAGGUCAUCUAGACCGAGGACAAUAUGUCAUCCACCAGCCGCCCAGUGUGUCCGCCACCACUCUCCUUGAAAUAUUGCUAACCCGUUUGUCAAAGUGAUCCUAACCCAUUCGCCGAAGCGGUUCCUGUCAUAUUAUUUGCCGAAGGGUUGCCCUAACAUGGUAUCCGGAUUUUGGUAAAGCGACUCAUUGUCCAGCCCUCGUGCGUGCACAAUGAGUCUCCUGCCGUGCCCCCACGACCCACGCCCUCUACUCACCGGCCCCGCUCUACAGCACCAGACGACAGGGGCUCGUAACUUCCGCCGAGUGCUGCCCCCGCCUCAGUCGCCCUCUGUCGGCGGGAUUGGUGGGGGGUUGGUGGGUGCUCGCCGGGCCGUGGUGUCUGACAGCACUUCGGACUACGACAAUGUAGGGCCAGUCUCACGGCUGAGCUGUGUCCUGGAAGAGGGGAAGAUUGAGGAAGAAGAAGAGGAGGAGGAAGAAGAUGAGGUAAAGGAGGAAAAUCAAAAGAAAGGAGAAGAAAAAUUGAAGUUGAAGAAAAAAGCGGAAGUGAUCCGGGAACAUGGGGAGGAGAAGAAGGAAGAAAAUGAAGAAAGAAAGAAAGGAGAAGAGGGAGAAAAUGGAGGAAACCACGAGAUCGUCAAUGGGAAAGACAAUUCCGAGGAGAAUGCAGAUGAACAAGGGGAGACAAUCAAUCCCAAGUCAGUGGAGAAUGUCUCGUCCGCAGUUGAGCGCCCGCUUCGCAAAGUGAACGAUAACUGCCCCGCCCCGCAGGAGGGGGUCAAUAGAGAGAGCGAGGAGGAGGAACGGGGGGAGGAGGGAAAAACCCACCGUGACAGCGCAGAGAUUGUAGUUAAUGGACGCGCAGCUCUCUCGUUCAAGGAGGGGGCGGGCCAUGUCCCGACUCACGUGGACACAGAGCAGAGUGUCCCCCGCGCGGGGAGGAGCGGCUCGCACGUGCAGCGGGCGCCACAAGACGGCGGUGGUGAGUCGCAGAGCGUGGCGGUCUCGCCGAUUGUGGUGCUAGGGAGGAGUGAACCCUUCUCCUCCGCCGCUACUGGUUCGCUGUGUGAAGAAGGAGCCGAUGCUCACUCGCUUGUGAACUCACGCGCGCAGUUUGACUCGAGAUCUCAUCCCGUGAGCAUCAUGGGGAACAAUAACUCAUCACGGCAGCAGCACCAGCAAAAACAGAAGAAACAACAACAACAACAAAAACAACAACAACUCUCCUCAGAUAAUCCGUGGGAGAAGACGCCAAUCAUCCUGGACACGUAUGAAGAAAUCCCCGCGGAGAAAGUUUCUCAUCACAAUCAGAAAACUAUCGCGAGAGCUGAGGAGGAUUUUUCUUCUGUUCGGGCUUCCAAUGGUUCGACGUUGUCGUUUCAGUCAUGCUCGUCCGCCUCCGAUUUCACGCGUGAGAGAACAACGAAAAUAAACGAUAAUGGGAGCGUUGAUGAGGAUAAAGAGGAGAAGGAUAGCACGACAGAGAGAGACGACGACGACAGCCAGAAGGAGAAGAGAGGAUCCCGGGCCGAUAGCCUGGACAGUAUGACGUCACUGUCCAACAUGUGUAAGUUUGUCUCUAAGAGGAACCACGUAUCUUCUUCCCAAAAAAUCGACAAAGUUGAUUCGUUUUCGUCUUGUAGAAGCCACGUUAGUCAGAUUCCCGUGGUGACGGAUGGCCACCGCAGCUCGACACCCGCCACAGGACACACCCCGGGACACACCCCAGGACACACCCCAGGACACACCCCAGGACACACCCCAGGACACACCCCAGGAGACACCCCAGGACACACCCCGGGCCGGCGGUCUCCUAUAGCGAACAGUGUCCCCGCUCUGGAGAGCUCCCACAGCGGAGAUAAAAGAGCGUCCUCGGAAAGUGGUGCGCCCGUCUGGGCCAGUCAUGGGCCCCGAACUAUCACUCAUCCGACAGUGGAGGUCUCCAAUAGCCCCCGGAGCCCUCCAGGCGACUGCGCCCUCUCAUCAUCCCGCCCGACCUCGGUGACUUAUCAGGGGCGGGGGAUGGCGACGCCAAAAACGACUUCAGAUAACGCGCCGACCGCCCGUGGCCCCGCCAAGGUCGAGGAGAUCCUAUCUCCGACCACGACACAAAACACAAGGAUGUGUACGUCCGUGGCUGUGGCCACAACUACACCGCCCUCCCCGCCCUCCCCGCCCGCCUUAUCUACCACCACCACCACCACCAAUCAAACAAGCAUUGUGAAGCCUGGCUCGCCAACACCAACGCCCCAUCUUGUCACCAGCUCACAUGUCCACGGCGCCCGAGAUAAACGAGUCAUGUUUUCCCCGCCAGCCACGGACCCUCACCAUCUCAACGGUUUUCCUCGAAAGGACCCCCCGGAAGAACCGGUUUAUGCAGAAAUAAAAAAACUGGAUUCCGAUGAACCGGAUUACGCGGAGGUCCAAAAACCUAAGCAGAAAUCGGUGCACAGAUCUGAGGCGAGUGACGUCACGACACCUGCUGGGAUUCCCAGGACAUGUUCUGGCCUCUUUGGUGCCGGAGUUCCUUCCGCUGGGGCCAGGGAUCAGAGGCUCCUCCAUGUACACCACCCCCCGCCCCCCGCUGGACCACCAGUAGCGACCUCUGUCCGUGACGUCACUCACACAAUGGGGCACGCAGACUCCAAACCGUCGCCGCCGCUGCCGCCCAGACUGCCCCCUGUUGUUCUCACCAGAUCCGAGUCCACAGGUUGCCGAGGUGGCCGCUUUACCCAAGACCGGGCUCCUACUACUAAAUGCUUGACGUCGGACACAAGGAGCUACUCUCUGGACUCUGCCCCCAAACCUGCCGUCGUGCCGCCGAGUGCUUAUCUACAGGAACGUCAUUCAGAACCUCGCGAGAUCGUCGCUAGUGACAGUUACAACAGCAGACAGCCGCUGCCGUGUCGAGUUAUCAGAGAGGUUUCGCACGACAACGCGCAGGACGAUUACGACAGCUACGAGGACGAAGUCACGCUCCCCAGCAAAGUUCUCGUGAGGUGCGAGAUGAAAAGGUCGACCACGUCAGUCGGUAGUUUCUCUCACGCUGGCCCGCUAGGUGGCGCUAGCAGCAGCAAGAUGGCGCGCUCGGCCAGCAGUAACGGUUACGACUACUUCAGUCUGGGCCGUCGACCACCGCGCCGGCUGGCACCCCAGACUCUGCGAGACUUCCGCGGCGUGGGCCUCAGUCUGGACAUGUUGCUCCGCACCAGACGUCAGAGCUCGCUGGACAGUGGUCAGUCUCCCGGCGACAGUGACACAGACGGUCUGAGCGUGGAGGACAUCCUCAAGUCGUGCAGCGACUAUGACGUCAACAGUGACCCGUUCUACAGGAGCAGGACUGGGUCAGACAUCGCCUCCCAGUCCCCGCUCCGGUACAUGGCCAUGGUUGGGGUCAGCGCGUCCCACGGGGAUGACCUAGACCACAAGGCUCGCGCCAAGCACGCCAGGGUCGUGACCUUCCAGUCUCCGGUCCAGGAGAGGAAAGGCAUGAGAGCGCGAAGCGGCGAUGACGUCAGAGUGUCCCCAGGUGGUCACCAACACACUAGGAGUGACAGUGACGACAAUCUGGUCAUCAGAAACGCCAGCAGGAGUGGCGGUAUUCUACGCUGCGGGAGCCCUAGCUCCACCAGCAACAGCAAAAACAACAGCAACAACAGCAACUGCAACAACAACAACCAUAUCAUGUUCGGGGGAACAAGCUCUCCCAUAUCCCCACGACCCGGGUCCUCUCUCCGCGCGAGCAGUUCGUCACCCCCAGUGAGCAAAGCCACUCACGUGACCCCCACAGGAACGGCUCACUUCGGGCCUAGAGUGGUCCAGAACUCCCCCCAGUCGCCGACGUCUCAACGAGCCCAGACGUGGAAACCUGUUGCCCCCAGCUCUCAUUCCACCAACGUCAUCUGCUCCUACGACGCGCCGAAACAACAACUGGUCAUUUCCUCACCAGUGAAGACAGUAGCGGUCAACACUGACCACAGCCCUCGUGCCAUAUCCGUAGAAAGAGACUCGGACACUUCUUCAACGCUGCCCCCUCGGGGAAGUGACUCCACACACACAGCAGACGGUGCUAACCACUCUACCACAACCACCACCAGUAACGGCGACAGAAGCAGCACAACUGUGAGAACACAGCUCGCCUCAAAUUCCUCCUCCUUUCCCUCCCCCUCCACCAGAUCUCCAACUUCGCCUCCCACGUCUUUACAGAUUUCGAGAACAAACUCGGGAGGAGGAGCCACUCUGUCCCGUACCCAAAGACCAAAAUGGGCUUCGCCAUCGCCAUCAUCAUCAUCAUCAUCAUCAUCAUCAUCAUCAUCAUCAUCAUCAUCAUCUUCGUCCUCCUCGUCUUCUUCCACUUUCGACUCCGGACUUCACAAACAUUUCGCUGCAUCUCGAGACUCCGCUCAGAGAGGUUCCAACAUUCCUGGGAAUUCCUCACCACAGAAUUUCGCUUUGGCCAGGAGCACCAAUACCCCCUCCCCCCUCUCCCCUACCCGGCCCGCGUCCACGUCUCAGGACAGUGGCUACCACGGAGUAUCGGUCAGCUCGUCGGAGGCUGACCCCCGGAGUCCCGUGUCUUCCCUCAGCCCCAUCUCCUCGCCAUCCCGCGGAUCUAGCCCCGGCCCUGUCAUGGCCUCUCUCUCCGUGGAUAUUUCCGCGGACACCUCUAGUGAGGGACGGUCCUCCCCGGCACCCAAGUCUCCCAACCAGCUGGCCA